GGGCGGAGCAAGCGGGCUCCAGACGUGAGGACUGGGACUACCUGAAGUGCGAGUGGCGAGGUGGUAGUCUCCGCUCGUGUGGAGGGAAGGGGGAAACCGGGAAGGAAAGUGGAAAAAGGGGACGAUGCUGAUCUCGGGAAGAACGAAGGGACCUUCCUAGCCCUGGCUGAACCACGGAGCUCACGCUGAACAAUGUCACUCGGGGGAGGAGGAGGACUGUGAAACCGUGGUUGGGAACCAGAUUACAGCCACUUGCCUACCACUGCCCAGCUGAGUGGCAUCCCAGAGCCCAGGAGCAGCAGCUGGCUGCAGAUCACAGACACAAUAUAGGGGUAAGCACCUCAGCAUCCCUCCGCCCAGCCUCAGACACAAGCGUGGUCAUGUCCACCUUUUCCCCCGUGGACUAUGUGGUGUUCAUCCUGCUGCUGGUUCUCUCCCUUGCCAUCGGGCUCUACCAUGCUUUUCGUGGCUGGGGCCGCCAUACUGUUGGGCAGCUGCUGAUGGCAGACCGCAAAAUGGGCUGCCUUCCUGUGGCGCUGUCCUUGCUGGCCACCUUCCAGUCAGCCGUGGCCAUCCUGGGUGUGCCGUCUGAGAUCUACCGAUUUGGGACCCAGUAUUGGUUCCUGGGCUGCUCCUAUUUCCUGGGGCUGCUGAUUCCUGCACACAUCUUCAUCCCUAUCUUCUACCGCCUGCAUCUCACCAGUGCCUAUGAGUAUCUGGAGCUCCGAUUCAACAAAACUGUCCGGGUUUGUGGAACCGUGACCUUUAUCUUUCAGAUGGUGAUCUACAUGGGGGUUGUGCUCUAUGCACCGUCAUUGGCUCUCAAUGCAGUGACUGGCUUUGAUCUGUGGCUGUCGGUGCUGACCCUAGGCAUUGUCUGUACAGUCUAUACUGCUCUGGGCGGGCUAAAGGCCGUCAUCUGGACAGAUGUGUUCCAGACACUGGUCAUGUUCCUAGGGCAGCUGGCAGUUAUCAUCGUGGGGUCAGCCAAGGUGGGCAGCUUGUGGCAUGUGUGGGCCGUGGCUUCCCAGCAUGGCCGCAUCUCUGGGAUUGAACUGGAUCCGGACCCCUUUGUGCGGCAUACCUUCUGGACCUUGGCCUUCGGGGGUGUCUUCAUGAUGCUCUCCUUGUACGGGGUGAACCAGGCCCAGGUGCAGCGCUACCUCAGUUCCCGCACGGAGAAGGCUGCUGUGCUGUCCUGUUACGCGGUGUUCCCCUGCCAGCAGGUGGUCCUUGGCAUGGGCUGCCUCAUUGGCCUGGUCAUGUUUGCCUAUUACCAGAGAUUUCCCAUGAGUACCCAGCAGUCUCAGGCAGCUCCUGACCAGUUCGUCCUGUACUUUGUGAUGGAUCUCCUGAAAGACCUGCCUGGCCUGCCUGGCCUCUUCGUUGCCUGCCUCUUCAGUGGCUCCCUCAGCACCAUAUCCUCUGCUUUUAAUUCAUUGGCAACUGUGACGAUGGAAGACCUGAUUCGACCCUGGUUCCCUCAGUUCUCUGAAGCCCGGGCCAUCAUGCUUUCCAGAAGCCUUGCAUUUGGCUAUGGGCUGCUUUGUCUGGGGAUGGCCUAUGUUUCCUCCCAGAUGGGACCUGUGCUGCAGGCAGCAAUCAGCAUCUUUGGCAUGGUUGGGGGGCCACUGCUUGGACUCUUCUGUCUUGGGAUUUUCUUUCCUUGUGCCAACCCUCCUGGUGCCAUCGUGGGCCUGUUGGCUGGACUCAUCAUGGCCUUCUGGAUUGGCAUUGGGAGCAUAGUGACCAGCAUGGGCUCUGGAGUGGCGCCCUCUCCCCCUAAUGGAUCCAGCUUCUCCCUGCCCAGCAAUCUGACCGCUGCCACUGUGACCACACUGAUGUCCUCAACUACCCUCUCCAAGCCCACGGGGCUGCAGCGGCUCUACUCCCUGUCCUAUAUGUGGUACAGUGCCCACAACUCCACCACGGUCAUUGUCGUGGGCCUGACUAUCAGUCUGCUCACCGGGGGAAUGCGGGGCCGGCCUCUGAAGCCUGGGACCAUUUACCCAGUGCUGCCAAAACUGCUUGCCUUCCUGCCCUUGUCCUAUCAGAAGAGGCUCUCCUGCAGGAGCUACAGCCAGGACCUCCCGGUAGACACUGACCUAUUUCCAGAGAAGAUGGCGAAUGGUGUGCUGAGGGACAGCAAAGACAAGGAAGUGGUGGCCCUGGAUGGCUGGGCUCAGCAGGGGAGCAGCCCCACCUUCGUCCUCCAGGAGACCUCCCUGUGACGUGGACUCAGGACCCCAGCCUCUGUUCUCACUGUGCCAGGCAGCAGCCGGAGGCCACCCUGUAGUACAGGGAUGAAUCACUUGAUGUGUUCUGCAGGGAUGGGGCUGGAUGACUUGGCCGAAACCAAAGGACCUUAUUCUUAGAGGUUCUUGCCUGUAGUAGAAGCUGUCACAUCUCGAGUGUGUAAGGGUAGGGCAGGGUUUCUCUUCAUUCCUUGCCAAUCUGUAAAGGAUCAGGCUUGCAGCAGGCAGGAUCAUGCCAGAAGUAGCAAUAGAAGUAGCGAUAGAAGCAAAUCCUCUGGGAAAAGGAUAACAGCUUCUGAUUCAACAGAGCCAGAGCCCGUUUAGGGCCCAAUCUGGAAGAUCACCUGUCUCCACCACAAAACUCAAAGCUCCGUUGGCCAGCUGUUGCUUCCCUUGUGGUCUCAUCUCAGCACCGAUUCUGCCAGUCACAGCGGGACCCUUUGAUUGCUUUAAUGUUUUCUGUGACACCUAAGCCCCUCUCAUUCUUAUCUGUCUACCUCUGUUCUUGAGAGGAAGGUUUUGGUGUCCCUGGGCCUCUGGGAAUAGACAGGUACCCCCUUCUCCUUUGUGUAGAGUAGGCAAGUUUUCCACAUCACUGCCUCUAUCAUCCACCUCUGAGAUGGACACUUGGGGACAGGGUAAAAGUAGAUCCAAGAAACGAGGGCCAUGACCAGUCCACUGUGGAACAGCCAUCUACCUGACUUCUGAAGCAGGCCACACUGGUGUCAUUCUUUCACCCAUGCCCGUUUCCUUUUGGAGUUUCUUCCCUGCAUAUCUUUGUUCCUAGGGAAUAAAAUCUGCUGUUGGACCUAGAA